CGCCCGCUGAUCCCGCGGCCGCCGCGACCGACGACCGGACGACCGAAGGCCUCGUGAUCGCGUCCGUCCUCCGAAUGCGGCGGCGUUCCUGAGCUCGGAACAGGAAGCGGAGAGGAGGCCGAGUCGCCCGCCGGAGGCUCGCGGUUCCGGCUCCGAGUGAGGAGGUGGUCCUGUACGUAUUGCAUUGAUGGUCUGCUCAAUCAGAAGCUGAGUUCGCACGGUCGAAACCGGUUGUUGUUUUGACCAAAGAAAGCAACCUAAAGAGUACCGAGCUACUUGAAGGUAGAGCGCCAAGGGGAAGGAAGGAGAGAGUAAAUAUGAUACUGAUGAGGAGAAGACUGGCUUGCUGCACUCGAGACAGAGAAGUUAGCCUCGACUUCGAUGAACAAGAGAAAAAUAAACUUUACUUGGCUAAUUUCAGAGAUAAUGACCUACAAUGGCCUUGAGAGUUGCAUACUCAACAAUCACUCUUGUGAAAUCGAGAGCCAAACAAGCAGGGGAGAUGGAUGUCCAACUGACUCUUUGGAUGAAGAUGAUUCAAGUUUUUCUUCUAGUAAGGAUGGUUUUGGAUCGUUCUCCUCAAAAUGGUUAUCUAUGAAAAGGGAUGACCGAGAAGUGGAGGAAUGGGCAGUCCCUGACUGUCCCCAGCACUUCUAUGUGAAGGAAAAGCCAGCUUAUUCUAUCCAGUUUUCUGAUGUGGAGACAAUGAAGGAAAAGUUUGCCAAGCUAUUACUGGGAGAAGAUGUUUCUGGAGGGCGCAACGGCCAUAGCACAGCUCUUGCCUUGUCCAAUGCAAUCACAAAUCUGGCAGCAUCGAUUUUUGGGGAGCUGUGGAAGCUGGAACCACUGCCUGAAGAAAGGAAGAGCAAAUGGCGGAGAGAAAUGGAUUGGUUGGUGUCCCCUACUAACUAUAUGGUUGAGUUGGUCCCAGCCAAGCAAAAUGGUGCCAAUGGCCACACUAUGGAGAUAAUGACCCCCAAAGCCCGUGCAGACAUCCAUGUCAAUCUUCCAGCACUUCAAAAGUUGGACUCUAUGCUUAUUGAAACACUUGAUUCCAUGGUAAAUACUGAGUUCUGGUAUGCAGAAGGAGGUAGUCGAGCAGAAGGAAGGAAUAAAAGUGAAAGGCAAAGCAAGAGAUGGUGGCUUCCAUCACCGCAGGUUCCAAGUACUGGUAUUUCUGAUAACGGAAGGAAGAAACUGAUUUGUCAGGGGAGGUUGGUGCAUCAAGUUCUCAAGGCUGCAAAAUCCAUCAACGAGAAUGUUCUGCUUGAGAUGCCAGUGCCGACCAUCAUCAGGGAUGCACUUCCUAAGUCUGGAAAGGCUAGCCUGGGGGAUGCUCUAGACAAGGUGUUAUCGGCAGAGACAACCUCAACUGGGGACAUCUUUACAUCCCUGAGUCUGAAAUCAGAGCAUGAUGCUCUUGAGUGCAUUAAUAGAUUGGAAGCUGCUGCACUCUCUUGGAAAGAGAAGAUCGCAGAACAAGUGAAUGGCAAAUCACCAACCAGAACAUCAUGGUCAUUCAUCAAGGACCCAAUAUCCGAGCUGGAUAAGACACAGUGGUUGUUGGAUCGGGCAGAGUCUUUGAUUCAGAUUCUCAAGACUAAAUAUCCAAACCUUCCCAACACAUUCCUUGACGUCACCAAAAUUCAAUAUGGCAAGGAUGUCGGGCAUUCGAUACUGGAAGCAUAUUCUCGCGCUCUGAGAAACGUUGCUUUCAGCAUCCUAUCCAGAAUACAAGACAUACUGCAAGAAGAUUCCCUGAGCAACCCCAAUUCGCCGGCCGUCUCUCCCUGCUUCUCGGCACUGAGCUUCGCCAGUGUUCCCGUCAGUCCGGUAAUCAGCCAUCGGGUGAGGCACUCGCUGAUUGAUCGGAUGAAUAGGGCCGACGCUCGACGCAGCGACUCGUCCGCGAUCAGCACCUCCGACCUGGAGACUUCGUUCAGCGAACGCAAGACGAGCUCCGUCAUGGCGACACCCUCUAGGAACCGCGUAUGGUGCAUCAGGAGGGAGGCUUGUAGCACCGUAUCUCCGACAAGCUCCCCUUGAUCGGUGACUCGCGGUUUUGUUUUGUAAAUCAUAGUAACGUGUAAGGUUAGUGAGAAAUCGAUAAUUUUUGUUCUGCCCCCC